AUGUUCGGCUUUACAACACCACGGAGCUCCGGAGUGGGUACAUUGAUUUCCGUAGCAUUAUUUGUUAUAAUUUUGUCAUACAUCCUGGUCGAACCAUCCCAUCAAGGUCCAAUAGUAGGAAUUGAUCUUGGCUCGAGAUGGUUGAAAGUUGGUAUUGCCAAGUCGGGCUCGCCAAUUGAUUUGGUGCUCAAUGAGCAAUCCAAACGUAAAACUUCAAAUAUUAUUGGUUUUAGAGGAAAAGAUAGGUACAUCGGAGAGGCUGGUUAUACCAUGGUUGCUCGUUUUCCUGACAAAAUGUUGCGCUUUUUGAAUUUUGCACUUGGCAAGAGCUAUGACUUGGAACUCAACGAAGUUUCUCGUCGCUACAAUGAAUUGAAGGUUCCAGUUUCGCUAGUGAAGAAUGAAGAGAGAGGGACAGUAGAUGUUAAAUUUUCAAAUGAUGCAACCUAUUCACCUGAAGAGCUUCUUUCCAUGAUUUUCUUGUAUAUCAAACAAUUAGCAGAUGACGGAAAGACAGCAGCUGUCACGGAUGCCAUUGUGUCAAUUCCACAUUUUUUCACAAGGGCCCAACGACAGGCUAUUUUAGACUCCGCCUCCAUUGCUAAUAUCAAAAUAUUAGCUUUAAUGCAUGACCAUACUGCUACAGCUUUACAAUACGGAAUUAAGAGUGCUAAAAUAAUUAAGGAAUUGACCAAGCCACGCCACGUCGCAUUGUUCUACGACAUUGGCUCAGUUAGCACUACCGUGAGUAUUGCUGAAUAUACCCAAAGCAAAGAGAAGACUUCACUUGGAAAUAUCAAGAUUUUGGGUUUUGCAUCUGACGAAAAUUUGGGUGGUUCCCAUUUUGAUAAUGUUUUGGCAGAUUUUUUUGCUGAAAAGUUCAUUGAUAAGCACAAGUCGGAUCCUAGAAAAGAAGUUCGACCACUCACAAGACUUGUCGAAGAAUCCCAAAAAAUCAAACAUAUCCUUAGUGCAAAUAAUGAUGCCUAUCUAUCGAUUGAAAACUUGUACAAUGAUAGAGAUUUGUCAAUCAAAAUUACCAGGGAAGAAUUUGAAAAGUUGAGUGAACAGUUACUCAAUAGAUUGACUAAACCUAUUACUGCUGCCUUGUCAGUAGCCAACUUGACAUUGGAUGAUAUUGAUGCUUUUGAAAUGUCGGGAGGCUCUUCUAGAAUUCCAGCAGUUCAAGAUAGAAUUUCUAAAUUUGUAGGAUCCAAGUUGAUGGUGGGAUACAGUCUUAACGCUGACGAGGCCAUAGCUAUGGGUUCCAGCUUCUAUGGUGCCAUGCUCUCUCCAUCAUUUAAGGUUACUGCAUUCAAAAUUUUUGAUACCGUUCCACACAAAGUUGAUUUCUUGUUAUCAGGCAACGACAAAGAAAUUAACCUUUUCAACCACAAAGACGAAAUUGAUGCAAAGAAGACAAUCACUGUUCCAAGAACUGAAGAUUUCACAAUUACUCUCAAAUAUGCCUCAGAGUACCUUCCAUCUGGUUACUCAACAGAACAUGCUGCCUUUGCCACUUAUGAAAUCACUGGAGUUACCAAAGCCAUGUCGAAUUGGACCUUUGAAGAUGAACGUGGAAAGAAAAAGAAGGUUAAGGCAACAUUUAAGGUGAACAAGUUUGGUUUGGUCGAGUUAGACUCAGUCAAUGCCAUUCUCGAGGAAACAAUUACCGUGAGAGUUGAAAGCAAUAACACCACUACUUCGAAUGAAACCAAAACUGAACCAGUCUACAAGAAAGACACCAGAGUGACCAAGGUUGCCCUCGAUGUCAAGUUUAUUGAUAUUUCCGUGAUCAAGCCACUCACUCCAGAACAAUUAAAGGCAUCUCGAGAAAAGGUGAAAAACGUGGAAGAUUUUGAAGCAUUGAAGAGAAGAAUUUCUGCAGCUAGAAAUAAUUUGGAAUCUGCUCUGUACUCAACCAGAGAGAAGUUGCUUGACAACCCAGACUACAAGGGUUUUUUCACAACCAAAGAAAGGGAUGAAAUUAACACUGUCAUUGAUGAGCUUGAAGUAUGGCUCGGCGAGAAUGACGAAGAGGGAGUUGUGGAGCCAUCUCGAGUUGAUCUCUUUACAUCCAAGCUCAAACUUCUCACUGAUUUGACUGAUCCUAUUCAAGAUAGAUGGCGCGAGCACAAGGGAAGAAAAGAAGCUCUCAGCUAUUGUAAGAGUGUUUUCAAUGCCACAAACUAUGCAAUUCAUUAUAUGAGAGAAAAUCAAAAGCAUAUUACUGAGGAUGAGUUGAACGAGCUUCACCAAUUUAACAAGGAAACAGAGAUGAACAUUACUUCAAUUCUCGCCAAGCAAGAUAGAUCCCCACUUUAUGAAGCACCAACUGUUCGUGCAAAAGAUAUCAAGAAGCAAUGUGGCAAGGUUUCUGAACGGGCCUUCUUGUUGUCCAAGAAACCUGUUCCAAAACCUGAAAAACCUGCAACAAAUGAAACAAAUGAAACCACCAUACCUUCCACAAACGAAGAGACAAAGACUGAGGAAAAUACUGCCAACUCGCAGGAACAACAAUCAACAAAUGAGCAAAAGCAGAAGGAUGAAUUGUAA